AUGUAAAAAUCAACUAUCUCAAGUCAUUUCUAAUCAAUAUCUCCUCCUUUUCUUUUAUCAAAACGCUUGAAAUCAGAAGGACCAGAUUUUUUAACUUAGUUGGAUCUUAAUGCUUAAAGAUCUAUUCAAAGAAGAAUGUAACAAAGUGAAUUAUAAAUGACAGAGCCAGAUUAAAAACCUACCUUAAGUAAUUUUCGUAUACAUUUAAUAAGAAUAGAAGCAGAACAUUAAAGUACGUCCAAAAGUUAUUCGAACUAAGUAGCCAUCUCUUCCUUAUCUUAAAUUAGAUGAUAAACAGUAUUAUGAUAAAUGGUACAUUCCUUAUGAUUAGAGAUAUAUUCCAAAAGUUACUAUGACUUAAGAAUCUUAUACAGGUUAUAUGAGUCUUUUAGAUUAGAUCCAUUACACUUCUACAAAAACAUGCAUAAAGGAACUGCUUAAUAUAACCCAUUUGAAAGUUAAUUACCAUAAGAUGUUUAAAGAAGUAUUGAAUAUAAACAGAGAUCAGAAAUAUUAAGAGAUUUAUUAAGAGGAUAGAAAAUGAUUAUUGAAUUCAAAAAGUAUUUAGUACAUAAUGUUAAGAACUUUGGAGCAAAAUUAAUAACGCAUUCCAUAAUUCUUAAAGAAGAUUUUAGAAGAUAAAAAAUUACAAUAGUCUAAAAAGUGA